UAGUAUAUCUCUUGAUUCCAUUUCCCUGUCGUGGCAGCGUACCGAAACGUUACUGGAGCACAUUUUUACACACACCUCAUGGGGAAUCCCAAAUAACGAGCACCUUGUGACUUUGUUUAAGUGCAAAUUAGGAACCGCACGAGACGUUUUGACGGCAAGCGGCGCUUUGCAGAGGAAUUUUUUUUAAAUAGAAAAGCCCGGUACUGUGCAGUUGCAUACCCUACCACUCCACUUGCGCUUUAUACGGGGAGGCUUUGACUUUUUCAUCCUCGUUUCAGUCUCAAAACAACCGUAUUCCUGUCCAAAACAGUAGAAGAACCUGACGGUUGUGACAUUUUAACAAGAAAUUUCACCUGGAAAUCAAGUGGAUCCAAUUGUUUCUGGGCGGAGGCCAACGGUCACACAGAACAAACUACAGGCCUGGGGAUAUCAUUAACCUCCACACACAACAGGAUACUGAUCUUYUCCGGUCCAGUCCAUUCGUCAGUCCCAGGGUCAGCACAGGGGGGUCGCUCCGGAGGCCAGAGCCCGCUCGGACCGGGACCCUGUGAUGUCGCACUGACUGACCCCCCUACCUGCGAAUGACCAGCGAGCGUUCGAGGGUGGGGCCCGCCUCAGUCUCGCAUGAUUGGCUGUUGGAUGGAAUUAAGGUGAAUGGAACACAUGCCCAAGGAGCAGGACCCUAACCUAUCAGAGGGAGAAGAGAAACGGUGGAUCGAUGGCCCGAAAAGGAAAAGAAAGAGCAGCUCAUGUUCGGUGAAGAGCAUGUCUGAAAUGAAGGGAUACGGACAGACUGGGUCAGAGAAUACAGGGUACAUCCCCAGCUACCUGGAAAAGGAUGAACCGUGUGUGGUGUGUGGAGACAAGGCCACUGGCUACCAUUACCGCUGCAUCACCUGUGAGGGCUGCAAGGGUUUCUUUCGGCGGACAAUUCAGAAGAAUCUCCACCCCGCCUACUCCUGUAAGUACGAUGGCUGCUGCAUCAUCGACAAGAUCACCCGCAACCAGUGCCAGCUGUGCCGCUUCAAGAAGUGCAUCGCAGUGGGCAUGGCCAUGGACCUUGUCCUGGACGACUCCAAGCGGGUGGCCAAGCGGCGUCUCAUCGAGGAGAACCGGGAGAAGAGGAAGAAGGAGGAGAUGGUGAAGACCCUGCAGAACCGGCCGGAGCCCACCGGCUCGGAGUGGGAGCUGAUCCGCAUGCUGACCGAGGCCCACCGCCACACCAACGCACAGGGCUCCCACUGGAAACAGAAACGCAAGUUCCUGCCGGAGGACAUAGGUCAGUCUCCGGUGGCCCCCACGUCGGACGGAGACAAGGUGGACCUGGAGGCCUUCAGUGAGUUUACCAAGAUUAUCACCCCUGCCAUCACCCGCGUCGUCGACUUUGCCAAAAAACUGCCCAUGUUCUCGGAGCUGCCUUGUGAGGACCAGAUCAUCCUAUUGAAAGGCUGCUGUAUGGAGAUCAUGUCACUGCGCGCCGCCGUGCGCUACGARCCAGAGAGCGAGACGCUGACCCUUAGCGGCGAGAUGGCGGUCAAGCGGGAGCAGUUGAAGAACGGCGGCCUGGGCGUGGUGUCGGACGCCAUCUUCGACCUGGGCAAGAGCCUGGCGCAGUUCAACCUGGACGACACGGAGGUGGCGCUGCUGCAGGCCGUGCUGCUCAUGAGCUCAGACCGCUCGGGCCUGACGAACAUUGACAAGAUCGAGAAAUGCCAGGAGACCUACCUGCUGGCGUUUGAACACUACAUCAACUACCGCAAGCACAACAUUCCCCACUUCUGGCCCAAGCUGCUGAUGAAGGUGACGGACCUGCGCAUGAUCGGGGCGUGCCACGCCAGCCGCUUCCUCCACAUGAAGGUGGAGUGUCCGACGGAACUUUUCCCCCCGCUCUUCCUAGAGGUCUUCGAGGACCAGGAAGUGUGAGUGGCGCCCCCCGCUGCCGAGGAGGAAGUAGUGGGGCGACUUGAGGCAUCUUGGGAAAGGAAGGGAUGUUUUUCUGAAGCUGGGAAGGAUUUUGGCAGGACUUGUGUUUUUCCGACAUUUACGUGGUAAACAACAAACAACGCAACCAGCAGCAGGAGUCAAACAAACAGGAUUUUCAUUUUUUUAACCAACCACCUCUUCAUACCUGUUUUUGGGAAUCAGUUUGGCGGCCCUCCCUGUCUGAGCACGAUGUUUUAUCCAGUGGGAGUUGCAGCCCUUUGCCAAGGCGAACACACACAGACACACACACACUCUGGCUCCCCUCUCAGAGCCCUAUUGGAGGCACCUCAGUUGUCACACAUUGCCACUAGAUGGUGGUCUUUGCAGGUUUGCACCUGUUUGAAUUUAUGGCAACCAUCUUUUAAAACUGGUCAGUUACACUAAUUCGGGGAGUAUAAUUAAGACAAUAAUUCAGGAGAUACGUCACUGACAACACACCGGGACACARACAGAGGUACUGAGUGUGCCAUAUAACUCCUACCAUAGAGCAAAGCUACUAGUACCUACAAUCACGGCUGAACACAACUGAGCCAUUUUCAGACUGGACCGUGAGCAUGUUUUUAACCAAGUCAGGUGCUGUAUUAUAAMGCUACUCCAGUUGUCUGAAAUGUGUAAAUGUGUAAAACUACA